CCCAGCAGCAGCCAUUCACCUGCCGGUCAUUGGUUUCUGUCUGAGGGUGCAAAGCUAAUUUGCUGGAUUCUCAAUCAGUUACUGCAGGAAAUCUUUUGCAGCAGACCUCCACUUUUCCCAGAAGAUGAAGAUUGAUAUUCAUAAUCAUAUUUUACCAAAGGAGUGGCCGGAUUUGAAGCAGAGGUAUGGAUAUGGUGGAUUUGUGCAGCUCCACCAUCACUGCAAGGGUGAAGCGGACAUGAUGAAGGAUGGGAAGCUGUUCAGGGUAAUUCAAGAGAACUGCUGGGAUGCAGACGCACGCAUAAGGGACAUGGAUGAACAUGGUGUCUCAGUCCAAGCCCUUUCUACUGUCCCUGUGAUGUUCAGUUACUGGGCCAAACCUCAUGACACACUGGAUCUCUGCGUCCUUCUAAAUGACGACUUGGCCCAGACAGUACGCAGCCACCCCACCAGGUUCGUGGGCCUGGGCACUCUGCCAAUGCAAGCCCCUGACUUGGCGGUUCUGGAGAUGAGGCGUUGCGUGAAGGAGCUGGGCUUCCCUGGGGUCCAGAUUGGCUCACAUAUCAACAACUGGGAUCUCAACGCCACUGAACUCCAUCCUUUCUAUGCUGAAGCUGAGGAGCUGGGCUGCUCCUUAUUUGUCCACCCAUGGGACAUGCAGACAGAUGGGAGGAUGGCUAAGUAUUGGCUGCCCUGGCUGGUGGGCAUGCCGUCAGAGACAACCAUGGCUAUUUGUUCAAUGAUAUUCGGAGGCGUCUUUGAGAAAUUUCCAAAACUGAAGGUCUGCUUUGCACAUGGAGGUGGCUCUUUCCCAUUCACCAUUGGCAGAAUUGAACAUGGCCACAAAGUCCGCCCGGAUCUUUGUGCCGUUGACAACGACAUCAGUCCACGAAAGUACCUUGGUUCUUUCUACACCGACUCCCUAGUUCACGAUCCAAUCGCCCUGAAGCUCCUCAUUGACGUUAUCGGAGAAGAUAAAGUGAUGCUUGGAACAGAUUAUCCAUUCCCACUGGGCGAGCUGCAGCCUGGAACACUGAUUGAGUCAAUGGACGAAUUCGAUGACAAACUAAAGGAUAAAUUGCUUGCAGGAAAUGCAUUGGAAUUUUUGGGCCUGAAAAGAGAGAAGUUUGUGUGACAUGCAAAUCAUAUAGUGCUACAUUGUGUGAAAUAGUGCAAAGUCUUUAGUCAAACAUUCAUAUUUGCAUGAAUAAGAUAAUUAUUUGGAUUAGCUUGUAUAUUAGUUAUAGGUUAUUAACAAUUGUGUUGUUGUUUCAUAUAAUAAAGUAAUUUCAGUGUG